AUGUCGAGCUCCAUGUCGUCGGCCAGCUCGUCGAGCUCACGCUCGUCCUUUGACGGACCUUCGACUCCACCAGACACCGUGCACUCGCUUCCCAACGCUCUCAAGGCUGCAAGACAGGAGGCUGGCAUCGACACUGAGGAGCCGCUCUGGAAGAAAAGACACACCUUCUUCCCCCUCGAACGUCAGGAGCGAUACUCUGCUCCCACAGACAAUGGCUUCGUUGCACCCGAGCUCACAGAACUCGUCGCACCCAAUAUCGAGUCCUUCAAUGCGCUGUGGGCGGAGGACCCAUCGCUGGACCCGCCCGCCUUGGCUUCCGUUUCUGGCUUCGUCAACGAAGGCACCGGCCUGCUCGAGAAGAGCUUGCGCCGCUUGCCGCCACGCAUCGUCUUUGACGGACAAGGAGAUGCCAACAAUGGCCUCGGCAAUCGCAUCACCCUCCGUAUGGACAGCGUCAACCUCACAAAGCCGCUCAUCAACGAGCGUGCAAAGGGAGUUCGCGAACGCAGAGUGUUUCCCUCCGAGGCGAGGGAGAGGCUCUUCACCUACACGGGCAAGCUCACUGCACGAAUAUGCUGGAGCGUCAACGGCGACCCAGAGCAGAGCGACAUUGUCACGCUGGGCAACUGCCCUGUCCUCGUGAGGUCAAAUCGAUGCAACCUGCGCGGCAUGUCCUCAAGAGAGCUUGUCGCUCACCACGAGGAGGCCAACGAGUUUGGCGGCUACUUCCUCGUCAACGGAAACGAGCGUUUGAUCCGAUACCUCAUCGUCGCCAAGGCAAACAGCGCACAGGCGAUCGAGAGACCCAGUUUCGAGAAGCGUGGCCCAAGCUACUCCAACAAGGCCAUCGUCAUCCGAUGUCUCCACAAGGAGGACCUCAUCAGCGUCACCAAUGCUGUCCACUACCUCCACAACGGUGGACUCACGAUGCGUUUCAGCUGGAGGAAGCAGGAAUACAUGGUACCCGUCGUCAUGGUGCUCAAAGCGCUCGUCGAUGCCACCGACAAGGAGAUCUUUGCUUCCAUCGUCCAGGGCGACUUUGAAAACACCUUCCUCACCGACCGUGUCGAGCUGCUCCUCCGCAACUUCAAGCAGUACAGUCUCUGGUCCGGACACCAGUGUCUCGAGUACCUCGGCUCCAAGUUCCGCGUCGUCCUUGGCUGUCCCGAAGACUACACCGACGCGCAGGUCGGUACGGAGCUCAUCAACCGCAUCCUCCUCGUCCACCUCGACAGCCCCAGGGAAAAGUACAAGAUGCUCAUCUUCAUGAUCCAGAAGCUCUACUCGCUCGUCGCCGGCGAGUCGUGCGCCGACAAUGCCGAUUCUUCGCAGCACCACGAGAUCCUCAUGCCCGGCUUCCUAGUUGGCCAGAUCAUCAAGGAACGCAUCGACGAGGCCGUCAGCAACGUCCGCGCCCAGAUCGCUCGCGACGUCCGAAUGAAGGUCAAAGGAGUCGACUUUUUCGAUUCCAGAUACAUCAAAAAGACCGUCUCCAAGGUCAACAUCGACAUCGGUGUCAAGAUCGCCUCCUUCCUCGCCACGGGCAACCUGUCGUCGCCCUCGGGUCUCGACCUACAGCAGACGUCCGGUUUCACCAUCAUGGCCGAGAAGCUCAACUUUGCGCGUUACCUCGCCCAUUUCCGUUCAGUGCAUCGAGGUGCCUUCUUCGCCGAGCUCAAGACCACCUCGGUGCGAAAGCUGCUUCCGGAAGCCUGGGGCUUCUUGUGUCCCGUGCACACGCCAGACGGCUCGCCAUGCGGUCUGCUCAACCACUUUUCGCACACGUGCAGGAUGACGACGCGCCAGCCUGACGUCUCACACAUCCAUGCGCUGCUCUCGGGUCUCGGCAUGACCGAAGCCGCCUUCGCCGUCGGCGCCGUCGGCGCUGCCAGCCAGAAGAACGCCAACGUCAGCAAGGACAUUGUCGUGGUGCAGCUUGACGGUGCCAUCCUUGGCUACACCACACCCGGUCUCGCCAAGCAUAUGGCUACGGCGCUUCGAAUCUGGAAGACCGAGGGUUUGCACCACGUCCCGCUCGACCUCGAGAUCGGGUUCGUGCCCACUUCGCGCGCCGGACAGUACCCCGGCCUCUACCUCUUCUCCAACCGCGCCCGCAUGAUGCGUCCUGUGCGACUGCUGCACAACAACAAGAUCGACAUGGUCGGUCCCUUCGAGCAGGUCUACCUCGACAUUGCUUGCGACCCGCAGGAAGUCGUGCCCGGCGUGUCGAGCCACGUCGAGCUGGCGCCCACCUCGAUCCUUUCGGUGCUCGCCAACCUCACACCGUUCUCGGACUACAACCAAUCGCCACGAAACUGUUACCAGGCGCAGAUGAUGAAGCAGACCAUGGGUACCGCCUCGACUGCAGUGAGCAGGAGGACGGACAACAAGCUGUACCGAAUUCAAACGCCCCAAACGCCCGUGGUGCGACCGGAGCUGUACAACAAGUAUGGUUUCGACGACUAUCCCAACGGAACCAACGCGAUCGUCGCUGUCAUUUCGUACACGGGAUACGACAUGGAAGAUGCCAUGAUCCUCAACAAGAGCGCGCACGAACGCGGCUUCGGUUACGGCACCGUGUACAAGUCGGAGACAAUCGAUCUUCGCGACCUGAAGGGCAAGUCGAGUUCGAGCGUCCCGACGCUUCACUUUGGAUUCGCGCCCAAUUCGCGCCCCACGGAAGCGCAGCGUGCCAUCCUCGACCAGGAUGGUCUGCCGUACGUGGGACAGAAGGUGCUGGCGGGCGAGCCGAUUUGCGCCUACUGGGACGAGGUGAGCGGCAAGACCAUGUUCAAGAAGUUCAAGGGUGACGAGUACGCGUACGUCGACACCGUGCGUCUGCUCGGCUCCGACGCUGGAUCGGGUGGAGGCGACAGCGAGUGUCAGAAGGUGCAGAUUAUGCUGCGCAUCACACGUUCGCCCGUCAUCGGCGACAAGUUCUCUUCGCGUCACGGACAGAAGGGUGUCUGUUCGCAAAAGUGGCCCGCCGUCGACAUGCCAUUCUCUGAGAGCGGGAUGCAGCCGGAUGUGAUCAUCAACCCGCACGCUUUCCCGUCGCGUAUGACGAUCGGAAUGCUGAUCGAGUCGAUCGCAGGCAAAGCCGGUGCCAUGCACGGCAUCGCCCAAGACUCGACGCCGUUCACGUUUAGCGAAGAUUUCACUCCUACCGAGUUCUUCGGUGAGCAGCUCAAGGCUGCGGGCUACAACCACGUGGGCAACGAACCCAUGUACUCGGGUAUCACGGGUCAGGAGCUGCGCGCCGACAUCUAUCUCGGAGUGGUGUACUACCAGCGUCUGCGUCACAUGGUCAACGACAAGUUCCAGGUGCGUACCACGGGACCUGUGCACGCACUGACGCGUCAGCCGAUCAAGGGUAGGAAGCGCGCAGGUGGUAUUCGAUUCGGAGAGAUGGAGCGUGAUGCGCUGCUGGCGCACGGAACGUCGUACAUGCUUCAGGAUCGAUUGAUGAACUGUUCGGACUACUCGACGUCGUACGUUUGCCGAACGUGUGGAUCGUUGCUCUCGGUAGGCUUCGAUACGUCGACGUCCAGCGGUCACGGUGGUUCGAUCUCGACGAUCGAUAUGUCGACGCAGGGCACCACACCGAUCUUGGGACCCAACGGAGAGUUCUGCCGCGUCUGCAGAGCGGAGGACGAGGUGCGUCGUCAACAGGGACUCGAGCCAUUGCGCGGCAAGAGGCAACCCAUCGGCGGAGUGGAGGCUACCAUCGGAAUCCCGCAGAGCAACGUGAUCAACAGCUUGACCGGAGGCGACCUGGACGUGGUCGCGGUGCCGUACGUGCUCAAGUACCUGGUAGCGGAACUGGCGGCGAUGGGUAUCAAGAUGAGCUUCGGUGUUUCUCCUUGA